UCUCUGUCUCUUUUAAUUCCCAUCCAAGGACCCUCUUCUUUUCAUAAUUUGGAUGUUCGUUUUGUUACAUCCCCUCCCUCCCAUAGAUGCUUAUAAUUCUUUUCAUGACUCUCUCCCCCUUCCCUCCACUACCUGUAUGAUAGGUUGUGACACUACACGCUUAGUGUAUACCUCUCCUCACCACCAGCGCUCGCCUGGCGUGAUCACCUGCAGUGGGCAUGGUCUCUGGCUUCAAAUUAGCAGCCCGCACUUUUUCUUUCAUUCAUAAAUUAUAUAUUCUAGAUAUCUCGAUCUAGGUCACAUUUAUUUAUUGAAAAAAAUCAUAGAUUUAUUAAUCCCAAUAAUAUUUCUUAUUACGAUUUUGCCUUGUGCACUAUAGGAGAAUGUGUUUAAUUCAUUAUUAUUCAUUGAAACACCUCCUUUUUAAAUUUUAUUUAACAGCUAACAGUAUGAAUGUGAUUGGAAUGUCUUUCUAAAGAUGUUUGGAAGCUUAUUUUGAUAGAUCCACCAGCCUACGAUCAAACAGGCUCAUAAUAUAGCCUUCAUCCCUUAUAUGGGUAUGAAUUGCCGGGGGAGGUUUAAACAAUAGCUUUACAUACUUGGUUACCGAGAAUCUAAAAAACUGCCAUCUGCUUUGGAAAAGCGGUACAAAAAUACAGGAACUUAUCUUAAAUUGGACAUGCACUGUCCCGAAACAUCGUUUUUAGCUCCAAACAUAAAAACAAAUUAAUUAUAAACAAAAAAAGCGACGUGUUUCUAAAAGGAGAAUUUGAUGAGCUGUGCCUAAUAUAAGAAGCUAUACUAUAGAUCUAGUCUAGAUUAUUCCUCCGAGCAAGGCUCGGCCACCUGGCCCUGAUUAAGAAGAUUAAAGGCUGAUUUAGACAACAUUACUGAAUUUAGUCUUCAAGAAGAUGGAAGUUUUGAUGCAAUCUGAUGAUGAAUUACUGACAGUGGAGACAGAUUCUCUAAAAAAACAUGCAAUUAAUCUUGAUGAUGCUAACUUUGAAGAUGACAUGAGAGAGGAAGAUGAGGGGACUAUAUCCAUUGGUGUGAAUUCAGAUGUUCGGUACAAUUCAGUAGAAGAAACAGUUUCACAGUUUGACAAUGUUGCCGGAAGACUUUGGAUAUACCCAACAAACUUUCCAUUUCGAGACUAUCAAUAUAACAUAGUUAAACAAGCACUAUUUAAAAAUACAUUAGUAGUCCUCCCAACUGGCCUUGGCAAGACUUUUAUUGCUGCUGUUAUAAUGUACAAUAUGUAUCGAUGGUUUCCACAAAGUAAAGUUGUCUUCAUGGCUCCGACAAAGCCACUUGUUGCUCAGCAGAUGAAUGCAUGUUAUGAAAUUAUGGGAAUACCUACAGAUGACACAAUAGAGUUGACAGGUUCAGUGGCUCCUCCUAUACGUCAUAAAGCAUGGAAGGAGAAACGUGUUGUGUUUUUAACACCACAUGUAAUGAUCAAUGACUUGUGCAGAGGAACCUGUUUGGCUGACAGCAUCAAGUGUAUUGUGGUUGAUGAAGCACAUAAAGCGCUUAGAAAUUAUGCCUAUUGUCAGGUCAUCAAGGAACUUGUAAAGUACACAAGACAGUUUCGAGUCUUAGCGUUAAGUGCCACUCCUGGAAGUGACCUCAAGUCAGUUCAAGAGGUCAUUAACAACUUGUUAAUUAGCCAUAUAGAGUUAAGAUCAGAGAACUCUAUAGACAUACAACGUUAUACGUAUGAACGGAAAAUUGAGAAAGUAGUGGUUCCAAUGGGAGAAGAACUAUCUGGUUUUAGGAUGCAGUACAUUCAGGUCAUGAGCUGUGUGACACUACGACUCAUACAAAAUAAUGUUUUGUACAACAGAGAUGCUUCAAAACUCUCUAAAUUUAUGCUUCUCAAAUGUAGAGAUGAGUUUAGACAGAAUCCACCUCAAACAAUGCAGCAUGCUCAAUAUGGUAACAUAGAAGCAGAUUUUGCUCUAGCUAUUAGUCUGUACCAUGGCUUUGAACUCCUUCAAAUUCAUGGUCUAAAAUCUUUAUACAAUUACCUAAUGGGAAUCAUCUCUGGUGACAAAGGUAUUGGUCGAACACGCUCAGAACUUCUAAGAAACCCAGAUUUUAACAGUAUAAUGGAAAAACUUAGACAGAAAUUUUCAGACAACAUAAAUGCCUGUAAUCUUCCUUCUGAUGUUAAAUGUCAAGUUGGACAUCCAAAAAUGCAGUGUCUGGAAGAAAUAGUUCUAGAACACUUUAAUAAUUUCAAAAAAAAAUCACUUCAGACAAGAGUAAUGAUUUUUAGCCAGUAUCGUGACAGUGUUCAGGAAAUAACAUCUAUUCUUCAACAGCACCAUCCCUUAAUUAGAGUCAUGCCAUUUAUUGGUCAAGCAUCUUUUGGUAAAUCUGGCAAGGGCUACUCACAAAAGGAACAAUUAUUGGUUAUGAAGAAGUUUCGAGAAGGUGGAUACAAUACAUUAGUUUCUACAUGUGUUGGGGAGGAAGGUCUUGACAUUGGUGAUGUUGAUCUCAUUGUUUGCUUUGAUGCCCAUAAAAGCCCCAUAAGGCUUGUACAGCGAAUGGGUAGAACAGGACGCAAGAGAGAAGGCAGAAUAGUCAUGCUAGUUACAGAGGGAAAAGAAGAAAUGAUUUAUAAUCAGAGUGUCUUGUCCAAGAAAGCUAUACACAAAGCUAUUCUUAAUAGUACCAAAUCUCUUAAAUUUUAUCAAAACAAUACUAAUGUUGUCAACCCUUCAAUGAAACCAAAGUGCCAUAAAAUGUUCAUCACAGUUCCAACCUAUUCAUUACAAGAAAAGACAAAAACUUUAAAAAGGAAAAAGUCACUGGAAAAAUUCAUAGAUUUUAAUAACAAGAGAGAUGAAGUCUCACAAUUAUUUCAUAAAGAAUACAGCUCAAUUAAAGAAGAGUUUAGUAUUGUCACCACUUUGGCUAAAAUUGUACCAAGACCCAAGUUAAUUUGCAUUGAUUAUUAUAAAAAGGCUAACUGCUGCUCAAGCUCAACAUCCAUCAUAAAUUUUUGUGAAUGGAUGCCUUGGCAAAACAUAUUGCAGAAAACUUUCCUUGUGAGCCACUCAUUACAUAGCAUUCACUUAGUGGAGAAUUUAAAAUUUAUUGACUUACAGUAUACCAUUGGAAAUUCAGAUGAUUUUUAUGGCUUAGAAAUGAGUAGAAUCAAUACUGAAAAAGUAAAGACAAUUGGACAGAGUAGCAUUGUGUCUUUUCUGAACACAAGUCAGUUGAAAGUUUGUAGGCUUGAUCCAAAUCUUGCAAAUGAAGACAAAACUUGUCAAAAUACACCUACUGAUAAAUUUGAUUAUCAAAAUACAAGUGACAUUUCAGUCAAUUUUGCUAAUGCUAUUCUGGUUAGCAGUGAAACCCAGAAAGAUGAGAAAGCACAAGUAAAAUUUGGUAUGGACAACACAUUAAAAGAAACAGCUACAAGUCAGAAGUCAAAGAAGAGAAGAAUCACUAAAUCCUUUCCCAUUAACAAUUCAAAAAUAAGGUGUUUAUCUCCUAAAAACACAUUAAAGCAUAAAAACAUUUUGAAAAAAUAUUUAAAAGAUAGUUUACUUCAGAGUAAGGCAGGAAAAGCUUCAGAGACACAACUAAAAUCCAAAGUGACAAAGCCAAUAAUAAAAAAGAAACAUUUAGAAUUGGAAAAUGAGAAAGUAGAGACUUUUGGGACUUCAUUUGGAAAGAGUCAAUUAGGAAAAGUAAAUAUAACAGACAGAUUUACUUAUAUUGUAACUGAACCUGAUCUUGUUCACAAUUUUAUUCUGUCCUCACCUGACAUCUCCAAUGUAAAAUAUUUAUUUAACAAUUUAAAGUCUAGCUCAGACUUUGCUGAUGUUGAUCUGGAGUUCAUUGAAAAAUGGAAAAAAACAGAGAAAGUAUCUUGUGAAAAAUUGUUAACAAAGUUACACAAUAACCUAUUACUUAAAGAUACUUCAGAAGUAUUAGAAAUAUCUAACCGUAAGCUAAAUUCUAGCAAUAUCUUCAAGGAGACAGAUAAUGAGUACACUCUGCUGAAAGACUCACAUGCAGCCAUUAGUCCUUUGUUUAAAAGUAUAUCUGUGGAGAAAAACAAGGACAUAGCAAGAGUAUCAACUUGCAUAAAUACAACACAAACUCAUAGCAAAUAUUUAUCUUUAAAAGAAAAGCCUACAAAAAGAGCAGCCACUAAGUUUUAUGAAGAUAUAGAUUGUAAUGAUAAAUUAAAGCUGGAAUCUGGCAAUGCCAAGGUGAAACCUCACCAAGCAUCAAAUAAUAAACAAGCUUUAACUGAUUCCUUAUUUUCAGAAUGUCUAGACAUAAAACAGAGUCCCAAAUUAAAAUAUUUGGAAAACCUUUAUCAGAAUUUAAAUACUACUAGCCUCUUGAGCCAUACGCAGGCUAUGGAUUUUUUGUGUGCCAGUUCUUGUGAAGGAUUUUUAGAAAAUAUAAACCAUUCAGCUGAUUUUGAUCAAAUGAAAAAAAUAUGCUUCCCAGAUUACAAUUUGUCCGUCUCAUUAGAAAAACAUAUUCAAGCUAAAAAGUUAACCACAUCGAUGUCAAAGUAUAGCAACCCUAACAGUACAAUUGAAAAAUUUAAAAAUAAAUUGACGGAUGUCUCUUUGCCCCACUGCCUGACUACAGAAAAAAGAGAAUCUAUCAAUGUUCCUUUCAGUUCAUUGGAUCAUAAUGAGACACCCCUUUUUGAUUUAGGCUUUGAUUUGAAAGAGGAUUUAAUUUCCUCAACAUCCGGUAAACAGUUUUUAAGUAAACAUUUGAAGAAAGAAGUGGAUGGAUCACAUGUACACGUAGAUUCUUCUAUUCUCGCAAAUAGAUUAUUUACCCAAUUUAAUGACUUCAACAGUGUUCAAGUGCCGAUACAAGAUAAAAGUCAGACUGUCAUUCAAGAAAUGUACCCAUCAUUAGUUAGGAAGGAGGUUCCUGAGAAAGUGUCACCUGAUACUGAUUUGCAAAAGUCACCAGAGCCUGGUAGGGAUUUCAUCAUCUUUAAUACCGGUACUUCAGAAAAAGUUACUGUAACUCCAGUCAAUGAGAACAUAGGAAAUAAAUAUAGUGGGACUAAGAAAAUAGGGAAGCCUUUAGCUUGCCAAUCAUAUCUUGCUAAAAAAUGUAGACUACAUUUCAGCGAGAAGAAAAAACACUUUAAUGAAAAAGUUAUGGUCAGUACAGGAUGUAGAAAAGGCAUAUCACUCAAAAACAAAAGCUUCAAGCACAUAACUGAUGAAUCAGUUGAAAACAAUUAUGUUGAUAAGGCAGCAAACCUUAAGGUGGAUAUAGAACAUGAAGAAAAGGAGGUGAAAACGACAGUAAAAGCUACAAAGAAAUUAUUUGAAAAAACAGCACGAUCUAGCCUGUUUGGUAGUGUAAUUAGAAAAGAAUUAAAAGCAAGUACACCUAUAAAGAGGCAUAAUGCAAAAUCAGAAAUAACAGAUGUCAUUAUAAAUCUAACACCAAUUGAAAAAGUGUAUCCACGUGAUGGUUAUCAAACUGCUGAUAAAAUGAAGAUUAAGAUGGGAAAAGUAGAUCGAAUUUUAUCUACAGUUACAAUUCAUCAGGGAAAAAAACAGAAGGGUAAAACUCAGGGCAAUAUUUUUAUUGAAGAAGAAGCUGAACUUUCAGAAGAACACUCAUCUGAUGAGUCAGAAUACUUUGAUGAUCUCUAUGAUGCUAGUUUCAUUGAUAACUCUGAAGUGAUACACUCAAUAGAGACAGAUAUGCAUGCAGUUUAUCUGAAAUCUGUGCGAAGUCCUCUUCUACAUGGCCAAUUUAAGUUGCUGUAUGAUAAAGAAAAACCAAAUAUGGAUAUCUACAGUCAGACUUUAUCAGAAGAUCACGGUAACUCUAAAUAUGAGGAGGAUAGUUUUUGUGUUGGUAAUGGAGACAAAGAUUCAUGUGUUACUGAAGGUGAAUCAAGUCAUUAUAAGUUCACAAAACUAUCAAAAAAAAGUGAGAGAAAAAAAAAGCGUGCUGGUAAACGUAUAUUGUUCCUUUGUGAUUCUUCCAGUGAAGAAGAGGACAAAGAACAUGUAAAUCUUACCGAAGAAUUCAGUGUUAUGGACAGACAGCAUGUUAAAAAGCUUUUAAGUAGUAGUGAGGAUGAGGCAUCUACACAUAUGAACAUCAAUGAACACUCAAAAAGUAAAUUCACAUAAAUGAAAACACAUCCUUUUUUGGCAAAUGAAGUUCAGAAUUCAGAAAGUAUUAAUAUUAGUACAACAACAAAAUAUAAUGGACAUGAUUUUGACCAAAAAGCGAAUGUAAAGUAAAUUUUAUGCUUUUAGAAGCUGACCGGUUUAAUGAUGGAGAUUGGCAACAAAAUGGUAAAGAAUAUGUCAUGAUUCCAAAACACUACAAUUAUUUACUAAAUUCAAAAGCUAUUAAAGCCAACAUGAUGGAAAUGAUAAAAGACACAAAGUCAACAGAUAUACAGCAGGAAUCUUCUAUUCAGAUUAUGAAAGCGUAGUCUUCGCUGGCUAGUGAGUUGAGCUUUAAGAUGGAUUUGAUGUCUGACAAUCACAGUUUCAAAAUUGUAAGCUUAUAACACUAUUUUUUGCAGUCUCAAUAAAUAUCUGAAUAAAAUA